CAUGCGGCGUUUCGGGUUUAUUCCUCUACGUUCAGACAGUUCGGGUCUUUUCAUUCCGAGCCGACGCGGAACCUCGCGUGAUUUAUACUCGUGAGCCGGUGUCUACAGCCUCCGAGGAACGUGCGCCCUCGCGAGUAAGGGUGCAUUUCUUCGAGAGCGGAGCGAACAAGUGCCCGUCAGCUAUAAUGGACACCAGCAACGGAGAUGUGGUCAACAUCACCACGUCGAGUCAGCAAGGAAACAGCUACUUCAGGGAGACUCAGCAGGUUUUCACCACAAGCACACCGAAUGGCCAACACACCAGCGUCAAGACAGUUACGUACACCGCUCGACAGAGCACGGACAGCGGCAUCGACAACCCCUUCCGUCCGGAAGGCGAACUUUCGAUGGAAGCCGAUGAGAUUGUCAAAGCGAUCAAGGAAGGCAGACCGUUCGACUCAAUCGACUCGGGUCGCGUCUCUCGCCAGGCUAACGGAUCCCUCACCACGAGGAAUGGAUCAGCAAAGAGUCCUUCUGGCAGAAAGGACGCGAAGCCUGGAGUCGUAGACGUGCAACGAGGGAUCGUGGUUCCGCCAUCCGACGCUCAGCAAGUCGAGCAGGUGGUUCUGAAAAAGAAGCCCAAGUGCAAGUGCUGUGUCAUCCAGUAGUAGGCUGGCUGGCCUCAGGGGAAGGAGGCUGCUACUGGAAAAUAUUCAUCCAACCACCAACAUGUCGGACAAGGGUUUGAGCCCUAUUGUUUGUAAAUACGUGAAACGCGCUCCGCGUGAUCCCUAGGAGAAGUAAAUACCCUGACCAGGUGUUACGAUUCUACAA